CAGACCAAAAUGAAAAAUACUCCGGCCCAGCAGAAUCAACAUUUAUAAAUGCCCCCGGCCCGAAGUGGUUAAAGACAGACCACACGUACUUGAAGCUGCACUUUGAUAUAUAUUGUAUCGCAUAAGUUCAGUAUCCCAGUAGAUUGGGGUUGUACAAGGGAAGAGAAGUUGUCAGUUUCUAUUUACUUACUUACUUCCAUCGAAAACAGUAUGGUUGCUCUGGUAACUUCCAACUCAAUUCAUACACUUAGGCCAAAGAAAAAAUAUCAAGACAGCCUUGAUGUCUUCUAAAGGGAAACUGUCUUGCAAGUAUUCUUGGAAUAUAUUUUGAAGGGUUUUUUUCAUCCGUCUGCGGCUAUUUGACUCACUCUACGGGUAAAGGUUGAUAACCUGUAGAGUUCUGCAAAGAACAAAACUGAACACAAUGCGAGCCUGAGUUUUCUUUACUCAAAGUGUGCAUACCUAAUUGAUUAUGGCUCGUCAGACGUUGCUCUCUCCGGGUGUCUUUGCAUGAAAUGACAGAUUAUAUUCCACCGUGGGAUGAGGUCCACCGUGUUGUAUUCUUCAGCAACUGCUGGUGUCUUGGUCACCGCCUCUAAACCACCAAUAUACCCCUCCACCCUAUCACCCCUUACCCUUCCAAGCAAGUACGGAUCCAGAACCAAAUUUUCAGGGGGAGGGGUGUGUGCAAAAGGUGGGAAUUUUUCCAUUUAACCUUUCACAGCCUUUCUAAGGGGUAAGGCUAUAUCUUUUGCAGUUUUCUAUACAUUUUUGAAGGAAGGGAAAUGAAUUUUGGCUCCUUUUUGGGGGGGAUGGGGCACUUAUGCCCCCCCUCCACCCCCUGGUUGGCCCUUUCUUGCAAGUCCCUUAUUCCACCUCGAGCUUUUGAGGGAUUUUAUAGAAUGAAGAAUAAAAAGGUACCAUUUGCAGAAAGGUACAGUCCAACUGUUUUUAAAUCACAUCGAACUAAAUGCCCCUCAAAUGUUCAAGUACAAGAAAACAUAAUUGGUGCCAGUCUACUAUCAAUUCUAUCACAUGGGAUUUGAUUUAAAAGUCAUUUCAGGCAUGACGUUUAUUUAUUGUAUUGUUGAUUGUGCUAAUUAUUUCCGGCCAGACCAAUUGUUUAUAGUUGUGUUGUCCAUUUUAAAGUGUCUUCCUGUGUACUUGUACAUGCAGAAAAACAUACAGCUGUAAGAUAUGAAAGAGUUGUAAUAUUUAUCUGCGCAUUUUGUGCCUAUUGUCUAAGAAAAUUUCCAGUUAUUUAUUUAUUCAAGUAAGUAUUAACAGUGGUGUAACAUGUAGACUCUGAAUGUAGAUAAUGUUUAAUAUGUAGAAUAAAGUGCCUCUCGUCAAGCCAGUAUUUGCCACAGAUUUCAUACUUGUAUUUUAAAAAAAACAACUUGAGUCCAUUUACAUGUGUAUUGUACUUGUCUUUAUCUCAAGGGCACAAUGAAAAGUAGGAUUAUAAUAGAGUUGGACAAUUUGGGUUGUCCUUUAUCCACUCUAAGGUCCUAAAGAAGUUGGAAGAGGACCCCCCCCAAAAAAACCCAACAGGUUUUGCUGAUGUUUCUGACUGGGGAUGUCCCUUCUUAUUAAUUUAUCUCUACAAAUCUGUACUUGUAUUACUACACUUUUUCUGAAAACAAAAAGAAAACAGCAGUCAUCAGUGUGUAAAAUAGUCGGGUUUUCCAUCCUGAAUUGACGGACAAAUGUGUGGUGGAAUUAGGCAUUAUAUUCAGAAUGAACAGCCACAGAAGUGGCACUGUUGUCAAGCUGAAAACUGUCUUGACGGAGUGGAAGGGUGAAUUAUAUCAUGACAGCGGUGAUAACAUUUAUAAAUUUCUAUAGUAUUAAUACUUACGAGUACUAUACAGAAUAUAUCAUCUGGUCUGUUUGUUCACUGUGCAUUUAUCAUGUGUUUAAGAUAAAAUGUGCAUUUGUAUGCUGUUGACGUCAACUUCAGAACUUUCUGUUCUAUUUCAGGAGACACUCGCCCCAAGAAAGUUGCUUUCGAUUUGAGCGCUUUAUUGGAAUACAUAGUUGUUGAGGUUAUGAAACGAAACACGUACUGAAUACCAGACAUUAUUUGAAAAACUAAUAUACAUGCACCUCUUGUGAAUAUGCCAUGUAUUGAUCAAUUUUCAAUAUAGUAUAAAUCUUUAUUGUCAAUUUAACGUUAUGCAUUGCAAAUCUGUGUAUAAAAAAGAUGCACAUAUUUGGAAAUAUCUCCAGCAUAUGCAAGUCAAAUACUGUACAGUACCAUUCCAUAAAGGGUUUCUAUCUUUGGAACUAGAUACACUUUCCAUAUAUUUGUACAGGAAGAAAUAUAGCUAUCGGGUGUAUAUUUUGUCAAAUUUUCCAGUGUACUUUUUCAUGAAUUGUUGAGGGUAAAGUGGCUUUUUGUAAAAAUAAAAAAAGCUUUUUAGGUGAAAGAUUUUUUUUGUCAUUUGCUUGAUUGUCUAUAUUAUUGCCGAAUUUUCUGUGUAUUAUUUAUUCCUGGAUUUUGGAUGGAGAAUGCUAUCCAUAAUGUUAUAUUUCAAAAGGCCUGUACUGUAGCACGUUUUGAUAUUUUGUUUUUGUUGUGAAAGCCUUGUCAUAACAUUGAUCUUAAUAGAUGACCUGGUAACAUUCAACAGAAAAAAAUUCCUGUCAGUCAAACCGUGAACCAGAUCAAGUUUAAAUAAUGUUUAAUUUACAGAGAUGUUGAUUAAAUAACCCGUUUUACUUGGUCUUUACGAAAAAGCCGUAAUUUAAUCAUUAAUCAACCGCGGUUUGUUUAUAAAUAACAAUGACGUCUUUAUGUGAACUUUGAACUCAGCAAGUUGAUAUCGCUGAUCUCUAUUCCCCUUUGUCGUGUAUCCUUCCGCUACAUCAGUUAUUAGUGUGCCUUGUAUCGGCCGGUUGUUCUUUCACAUCCUCUGUGGUUAUCAAACCUAAUUUUUCUUUCAUUUGUACUGAAUAAUUGACAUUUUGUCCAGAACCUGAAGUGAAUAUCGGACUGUGUUUUGUUGAUCAACGCGGAAGUCAUGUUUAUUAAUGACGCACUUUGACUGCGCUUAACGUACAUGUGCUCGUCGCGUCUGUUUUCCGUAUUAUAAUGUUGGCCAAGCUUUCUAUUGGUGAUAAAAAAUGUCGUCAAAAUGACGGGAAUUUAUAUUUAAUUUCUUUAUUUGUGUUGGAAGUUAUAGAGCAGUGACAAAGAUAAGGUGGUCAGAUUUUGACUCCGUUGGUUGUUCUGAAAGGUGAAAUUUUGUAUGACAUCCGCGUCUGUCCAUGGUCCAGCCCACACAGUCAAGACUAUCCACCGGCUGUAUACGCAGCUUGGCCAGUACUUUUCAGUCCGUGUGUGCGCCGGGCCUGUCAUGUCUGCUACAGUGCUAGCGGGAAGCCUCAAACAAAAAGAACCGUUUUGAAUCAUGUUUCGAACAUGGAUAGCCCUUCUUCUGGGAUUUUGGUCAUCUCUGUAUUUGGCGGAUACAUUCAUCAAGUCCAAUAGAAGAUGCGGACAGCGAUAUGCCGAAGCCCAGGAGCGCUACGGCAUACAAGUGUCCAUUGGCCAGGUGCGAUGGUACACCACCUGUUUCAAUCGCCUCUUCCUGCGCAUCGGUCAGUGGAAGCCCCGCUUCACCCAAGCCUGGUUCCGCAUGGGAGCAUUCAUGGGCAUCCUGAUGAUGUUUGCCUCCGUUGGGCUGCUGGUCUCCACGCUAGUGCAGGCGUCGACGAAAGAGUCGCCAGAACAAGUCUUGACGCCUGUGAUGCCCGGUGUAAACCUUCCUCUAAGACAGAUCACCUACUUCUUCACCGUGUUAUUUGUUAGUGGAGUCUGGCAUGAGCUGGGCCACGCCAUUGCAGCCGUCAGAGAACAGGUGCGAGUCAAUGGCUUUGGCAUGUUCGUCAUGGCCAUGUACCCGGGGGCCUUCGUGGAUCUGCACACGGACCACCUGCAGGCCAUCUCGGCCGCCCGACAGCUCCGGAUCUACUGCGCGGGCAUCUGGCACAACCUGGUGCUGGUCCUGCUAGGGAUCGUCGUGUUUUACGCCCUGCCUUAUCUGCUGAGUCCCCUGUACAUGACUGGGACCGGGAUUAUUGUCACUGAUGUUCUAAAGAAUUCGCCUGUAUCAGGCCAUAGGGGAUUGUCCGUUGGUAGUCAUGUGACCAGCAUCAACGGCUGUCCGGUUUACAACACUGACGACUGGAGUCGGUGUCUGGCAUCAGCGGUGUACUACCCCCAGCCGGGAUUCUGCGUUCAACUCAACAAAGUACAGCAGCAAACAAAAGACGUACCAUUGUAUAAGGGUUAUGGCGGCCAGAUGGAGUGUUGUCGUAAUGACAGUGUCUCGGAGCUGUGCUUUGUCUACGAGAUGGGGUCAGAGGUCGGAGCGCCACAGAAGCAUUAUGCCUGCCUAGAGGCCCGGCCCCUGACCGACCUGCCACGCUGUUUCAAAAACACGGACUGCGUGCAGACCCGCAAGACGGCCUGCCUGCAGCCCUCCCUGGACAACUCCAGUCGGCUGCUACGCGUCUACCUCACCACGGGAAGACCAGUGCUCUACGUUGGCGAUACCUACCUCUUUGGAUAUUCCUUGAGUGUGACAAACUACAUUCCCACGUAUGCCUUCUUGCCUCUGAGCCUGCCAGACAUCAUUGAACUCUUCUGCAAAUAUUUAAUCUCCUUCUCCGGCGCUCUGGGCAUCCUGAACGCCAUCCCCUGUUACGCCUUGGACGGCCAGUACAUCCUGCUGGCCUUCCUGGAGCACACGCUGGCCGGCCGCAUCACCAGCACCGCCGACCGCAACCUCAUCUACAGCCUCAUCCUGCUGUUUGGCACGUUGCUCCUGGGGGCCAAUUUGGUGCUGGCCCUGUUCGCCCUCAUCUUCAGGUAGCACAGGUACAGCAAUUGGCGUUUUCCUUUUUGUAUAUAUGGAAUAGAUUUUUUAUACCUGUAGAUUGUUUGUACGAGUGUAGAGAUGUCGGUUACUUGAUAAGGUGCAAAUGUGAACCAAAAAAAUUGAAAUGAUAUAUAUUUUCCUUCUGAAUCUUGAAGAAUUUGUACAGUUUGUUGAAAGUCCCGAGGAGACUUGAAUCUUUUUGUGCGAGCUUUAAACUACAUGUAUCUAGAAACUUCAUCGCGGAGUAGCUUUGGUGGUAAGCUAGAUUCUUUUACUUGACAGUCUCUCUGUUCCUGGUUUGUAAUUUGCAGUUGGACAAGUCUGACUCCAUGAUUGUCCUGCCCAAAAUUUGAGAAAGGAUCCCGAGGAUUCAAUUUGUCCUCCAUAUUAACAGCAGAUUUUCUGCAAUCCAAGAAAGUUAAGUUUAUUGAUGUUGGCACAUUUGCAGUUGAAAAAUCCUAUCUUAACUGCCAGACCUUCUUUAUCAGUGUUACUCCUCCGGGGAAACCAAGGGGAAUGCGCCCAGCCCUUCGGUUUAUGUAUACGGGUGACUGGCAGUGUAAAAAUUUGUCUGGGAGUCUGCAAGAAGCCAAAUGAACUGAACGAAACCAAAGAAUGUUGUCAGUAUGGUUGGAUGGAAAAGAUGACCCUGGAUUGUCCAAGGUGGGCUUUGACUUGACACGGGAAACGUGGGAGUAUUCCGUGCUUCGAUGGAAGAGACCUGCACUUGAGGAAAAGUUGAUCCAAGAUGUUUGGAAAUCCCUUUCAGAUUGUUUGGUUUUUGUGGUGCACUCCACUGCAGUGUAAUGUUUUCAUUUGCUUUUUUUUUUCCAUUGAUUUGGUUUUUUGUUCAGGGUACGCUGAAAUUUCUGGAAUACGGUCGAUUCACAAUAGUGCGCCUCCAAGAGUCUGCAACGCCUCGACCAAUCACAGUGCGCAAAAUCUGUCCACCCUUUCCAAACGCACAUUGGGUCGACAGAUUUCGCAUACUGUGAUUGGUGAAUGCAUUGCAAGCUCUUGGAAGUGCACUAUUGUGAGUCGCCCAUAUUGUCCUGCAAUAUGUACAUGUUUAAAUUUGUUAGCAAUUGUACUGUGUGUCUUGAAUGUAGAAUGUGGUUGUUGGAUUUCAAUAAAUUUAAUAUCCUCACUCUUUGAUUAUCAAGAAGUCAGCUUCACUUCAAAUUCAGGCAAAUGGUAAAUUUGAAUUUACAGAAUUAUAUUUUUUGAGUCUUUGAUGUCGGAGUGUACAUUUGAAAUUACACGUAGUUGUUCAAAGGAAAAAAAAAUAAUUUGGGGAACUACAGUACAUGUACCGUGUCCAUGGAACAUGGCGGAUGUGGUGUUGGACUCAGUAGAGAAAUUUUAAUUGUAUUUUGAACUUUUCAAGCAAGACAGGCAUCUACGAGCAGCCCAUAUAAAGUUUCGAAAAAUUGGCCAAAAUUUAAUUAAAACGGCAAGGGGUUAACCCUGUGUACAUUUUAAUUACAUUUACGUGAAUUUUAAAUUUCUUAACUUAAAUUGAAUGUAAAUGUCUUGUGUGUUACAUUAUGUUCCAUUGACUAAAAGACUUCUACUCCAGAAUGUAAUAGAAUCUCACUUGAAACAUAUGUUCCAGAAUCAGAUAAAAUUGCCUUGUAUUUUAAUUAAAUUUGGGGAAAUUUUUCACUAGAAGACUGCUGUUCGGUGAGUGUGCAGGAAAAUGGGUGUAAAUUACCUGUUCCAUGGUUCCAGGUCUCAAACACAUAAUUUAGGUGAAUUUUAAGCAGAAUCACAUUUCAAAUUUGUGGGUUGAAAUAAAGUGAACUCGCAAGGGGUAAGCCUUGUAGUUAAAUUUUGGUUUUGAUUUUAAGUUUCCUUCUAAGUGCACGAAAUUGAAAGUAAAUGUCUGGUGCUAUUUUCAAAUGACUAAAAGACAUCUCUCAUUCGAGUGUAAUGUAGAAUCGCAUUUUAAAUUAAACAAAAUUGCAAGGCGUAAGUCUUGCAUUUUAAUUAAAUUUUGGCCAAAUUUUAACUUUCUUAAAAAUGUACCAAAUAUCCAAGUGAAUGUAAAUGCCCAUGCUUUUAUCCAAUGACUAAAAUGUGUCUCUUAUGGAGUUUAACGAAGAAUGGCAUUAAAAAUUUCUGUGGUCAAAUAAAUUAAAAUCGCAAGGGGUUAGCCUUGCAUUUCAAUUAAAAUUUGGCCAAUUUUUUAGUUUUCUCAAAAUUGUAUUUAAAAAUGAAUGUAAAAUGUCAUGUGCUAAGUUCCAACAGGAAUAAACAGGAAAAUCAGAUUAAAAAUUUUUGCAUUAAAAUUGCAUUGUAAUUGAAUUUGAGCCAAAUUUUUACUUUUCACAAAAUGGCAGCAAAGUGAAUAUUUAUACAAGUACACCGUUAUGAGUUCCAAGAUCUGAAAGAUGCCUGUCAUAAAACUUAAGUUAAAUCACAUUUUCAGUUUUAAAUAUCACAAGGGGUAAGCUUUACAUUUGAUGUCAAAUUUUGCCAAUUUUUAAUUUUUCUCAAUAUUGCUUGAAAAAGCCUGUUAACAUGAAAUGCAUUCCGAGGAUGAAAAUAUGUCUUUCUGGCAAUGGGUUAACCUUUUCACAUUUUGGACCCCAAAUAAACUGGUAAUAGGUUAACCUUGCUUUUUUGUGACAAUUGUAAUUUUUUUCCCCAAAGAAAUGAGCUGAUGCUAAAUUUCCCUCUAAGUUGAAAAAAAAAAGUUUCUCAAAAUGGUUAUUCAGUACUACAUUUCCUAUCGAUUCUCAGAGCAUAAUUUUAAAUGUCCAACCUUUAGGGAAAAAAAAUCAAUUGUUUAUGGAAACAUUAUGGAUUUCUUUUAUUUCCAAACUAUUCCUGUCCAACAAAACUUGUUCUGACAUUAUAUUAAUGUACAUAUAAUGGUCCAAGUGAAUCUCUAGAUUUUCUGCUUUAAAAACAAACGAUCAGACAUUAAAAUUCAAAGCAAGAACCCUGCCUGAUCCCUGCGAGUACAUGUGGUUGUCAAUGCCAAGGCACAAAAAAAAAAGAAGAUAGAAAUAUUAAAAGGUCUACCUGUGUAAAGGCCGGUUCAUACUUGGUGCCGAUCACAAAUGCAUAUUUAUGACGUCAGAUCAAAUAUGCAUGAUGCAAAUUCAUAAAAGUUGAACACGUCAACCUGAGCAAAAUUUUGCUGCCAAUUUUCAUGACAUGAAAUUCGCAUUCCAUUCGCAUAUAGGCCUAUUUGCAUAUGAACCGGCCUCAAGAAAGAAAUAUAAUUAAAACCAUUAAAAACAAUAUUAACAACUUUACAGUCUUUAAAAAUUCUCCAUAUUUCUAGCUGUGCAUUUUGGUGUUGGCAUGACAACUGAAAUGCAAAUGAUUUCAGUCAGUUCAGUUUGAAAAGUUUUUCCCAUGUCCAACUUCAAUGGAAUUCAGUGAUUGGGUAAGCAACCUCAAAAAUAAAUAAACUAAAGGGAAUAGAGGAAAGAAUUCAGGUAAACGACCCUUUUUCCCCGCAACACUAGAAUUAUACAACAGUUCAUCAUUCACAAAGAGAAAUACAGAAUAAAAUUCAUAACAAUUUCUGAAACACAAUUUUUAACAUAGGAGCUCAAUUACAUAUCUAUGCAACAAAAAGAAACUCUUGAAAAGGUUUGAUAGUGGAACUGUCCCCGUCCUUUCAAAAGUCAAACACUUAGACCCUGCAUUAAACUACCUACAUGUACAAUAUUUCUUUCCUCAAAUGACAAACAACUCGCUUUGACUUUUAAAUCAAAAUUUGUACACAAGGACGCAGACAGUUUUAGUUCCACAGAAACUAAUCAUGUACAUUACGACUUAAAACCUAAUCCAUCAAAUAAAUGCCAAAUUACAAAUUAUAAAAGACCAGAAGAUCUAGAAAUCAUAAAAUACAUGUAAACUAGCGUCACAUACUCCAAACCAAGUUCACAAAAUUAGCAAGAUAACAAAUGCAACCGUGUCAUAAUUCAAAGGAAAACAAGCACAAUAAAUACACAAUAAGGCGUUGGAAUUUUGUUCUUAGUACCUAUUUUUAAUAAUAUCAGCAAGUAUUCACCGUAGAUCAAUAACUUAAUUUCUAGAUUUUCUUCUUUACAUGCAUUUUACAAGAUUAUGAAUACAACAGCUGAAAUUUACUUUUAAAAAACUGCUGUUGCAGUAAGUCACGAAAAACGUUAUUAAAGAAAGAACUUGCAGUGUGGAAAUAAAGCUUAAAUUUUGGUUAACGUUCUUUGGGACAAAAUCGUCAAAGUCCCUUCGAAUAUGGAACUAUUAAAAUGAAAAACAGCAUCAGUGUCAAAUCCUGCCGUUUAAACUCUCAGAUAAAAACCUAAGUCUUUACAGUACUCGUAGUACAAAAUUUGCUAUUCUGCAAAUCAUAGUAUGGAAGCUCUGGUAACGAGGUUUCAAGAAGAACUGCACACUGUACAUUGUACAUUAACCACCAUUUGCUGGUUUCGCAUCAAAAUUCGCGUUGACAAACUUACACGUAUCUGACAUGGACAGCACUACAUAUCACAAUGUGUUUGACAGCAAAGGAUAUCCCCCCCGCCUUUUUGCACAGAUGGUACUAAGUAACAAAGAUGCUACUUUUACCCACCGCUCAGCUGUUUGGCAACAUUGAAUAAAACUCAAGCAAUCAACUUCAAAAUUCCCACUUAAAAAAAUGUUCUCACAGUGCUUGCACAAGUGCCAAUGUAUAAAUCAGUGCAAAGUUCAUUUGGCUGUCUUCGAUUACAUGUAAAAGGGCAGUCGGCUCCACGCAGUAAAGGGCACAUCCUCUUGAUCAUGAUAUAAAGAUCUUUGAGAGCACCUCUUUAACAUGCAAAGAGCUACACACGGCAUUUCUCUCUAUGGGUAACAGCAGUUGCAGCGUGCCUAUUGGGACAACCAUACGAGUGACUAUUACAAAGCAGCCCACUGUAGCGUUCUAAGCAAAAUUCCUCACAGAAGAUUGGAUUUAGCAACACGCCAGCCAGCGUCUCACCCAAGCUGAACAAGAAGCUUCUAGAGAAACAACUAUCGCCUCUCCUACUAAACCCCUCGCAGUGAUUUACUUUUCAAAUGGGUCACCCUAUCGCUGAUGCUAUUUAAAUACGUCCAAUAUCCCUCCACUCAGUGAGAAGAUGCCAAGAGACAAAUCAAUCACUAAUGGUGCCGGUAUGGCUUAUCAGGAGGACAUAUCGGGGGGGGGAGGGGAUCUUGCCUGUAGUUUGACCACUCAAAAAGCCGAGGGGGGGUUGGCAAGACAGUUACGGAUUACACAUGAGUAGAAAUAGAUGCUCUAAGCAUUUUUUUUCUUGACGUACUCAGUAUCGUUAUCUGCAAAGGGGUUUGUGAUGUACCUGUACUGUAGGACACUCGGCAGAACAAUGUUACUGGGGGCCAGUGACGUCCUUGCUGCUUCAGUUCCCUUCGAGGGGGAAAUUAGGUCGCUACAUCACUGUCAUGCCCUUUCGUUAACAAACUCAGAAGGCCUUAUUGAGACAGAGAGUGUUGCACUGAAGGCUAGAAAUCUUUUUAAUUGAAUUAGCAGAGCGAGUUUGCCAUAUCGAGUAACCAUUUUCAAGUUGCUGGGUUUUUUUGGGGGGGGACUAUUUGCAAUUGCGGGGUGUCACACUGCCCAAAAUGGGAGCCUGCGCCCUUCAUAAGAUGGGAGAUGGACCACAGGGUAGCUAAUUACACACAAUAAUCUGGGAUCCAACUUCCGCAAAGCCAAGAGCCUUGAGCAAUCCCA